AUGAAUAAAGGAGCUGAGAAGAAGAGAACCUCUUCAUUCAAUAAAUAAACAAUGAAUUUCAUAUGUGAUAGAUAUGAUACACAGCAAAAACAAUUUUAUUGUCCAAAAUAGAAAAAAGAUGUUAAUAAUCUAAUAAACAAUCUAAAAUUAAAAUCAUCUUGUGAGAAUACUUCAAUGAUGAUUCCUUAAAAUAUCUCUUUAAAGAAUGUAUUAACUAGUCUUACUAAUAAAUCUCCUAAAAAAUAAAUUAAAAAACAUGUUAAAAAGACACCUAGUACAUCUUUACAUACACCAUUAGACUUUACAAUAAGAAAUAUUGAAUAGUAAUCUGAAUCGAUAAAGUAUUAGUAAUCUAUAUUAAAUUAAUAAUCUCAAUAAACGUCAUACCGAUCAUUAUUAUAACACAACAAACGUAAUUAAUGGGUAGAAUUAAUUAAUCAAAAAAGCUCUAAUUUUAUUCAAUAAGAUUAAAUAGCAAUAACUGAAUAUAGGUAAAAAAAUAUUAUAAAAUUAGAGCUUAAUAAGAGAUACAAUUGAUGAAUAAUUGUGAUUGGAAACAUUCCUACACAUUUUAUAAGGAAUGUAGAAAUCAUCAAGAAAUGUAAAUUAUAGAUAACUUGGAAUUUGAUUGUUGGAAAGAAACCAGAAUGAAUCGUUUGAUUUUGCGUUAAGCAUAAUGA